AAAACUGUAACUAACAUGCUUUUUGUUUUCUUCCAGCAUGUAGAUGUAGCAGCCAUGUUAAUAAAAUAUAAUGCUUGCGUCAAUGCAACAGACAAAUGGGCUUUUACUCCCAUUCAUGAAGCAGCCCAGAAAGGACGGACGCAACUGUGUGCGCUAUUGCUAGCACAUGGAGCUGACCCCACAAUGAAAAAUCAGGAAGGGCAAACUCCAUUAGACCUAGUCACUGCAGAUGAUGUGCGAGCCUUGCUGAUUGCUGCGAUGCCUCCUUUUGCGCUGCCAUCUUGCUACAAGCCUCAAGCUGUUGUCAUCAAUGCAUCCCAACCAAAUAGAUCUGCAAUCUCUUCACUGCCCUCUGUUCCAUCAAUUCCAGCAAACCUGUCUGCUGCAAAUAGCCUUGACAACCUUAAAGCUAGUUUCUCUGAACAGGCUUCCAGUACCAAUGUGUGUGGUGCAGAAGGAAUUGCUAGUUUAGAAAAAAAAGUUCCAGGAAUAGAUAUGACUAUUAAUCAGUUUUUGAGGAAUUUGGGCCUUGAAGAUCUAUGUGAAAUAUUUGAAAGAGAACAG